CAUCAGAGCUACAGCGCGCUUUCCACUGACUACAGUUUUACGCGCACAGGCAUUCUCUCACAGACGCGCGCGCAGAUGCGGGCAAUGGGUGCCCAGACUAUUUUAGCGCGUAUUGCGUUUUGAUAAUUCAUGGCACAAAGUAUAAGCCUUUCUUAAAAUAUACUAUAAGUGCAAUAGCGUGAAUAAAUAAUUUUAAAUUGAAUUAGAUGCUUAUACUUAUACCAGUUCUCGCGGGUCAAUGGAUUUGCAGAAAAUGAAUGAAACUCAGAUCCCGUUUUGGGGAUGUUCAGGAACUCCAGACAAUUCCAGCGUGAACAGCUCUGCGUUGGAAGUUAACGCCACCUGUAGCAAUGCGUCAAUAAUUCAGAAAUUCAAACCCACACGACCAAAAGAAAUGGACUCGGUGAGGAUUAUCCUUUACUCACUUGUCUUUCUCCUGAGUGUUUUUGGGAACCUGCUGAUCAUCGUGGUCCUAAUAGUAAACAAGAGAAUGCGGACCGUCACCAACUCCUUCUUGCUCUCACUGGCCGUCAGUGAUCUCAUGAUGGCCAUCUUCUGCAUGCCCUUUAAUCUCAUCCCCAGUCUGCUGGAAGACUUCAUCUUUGGAGCUGCGAUGUGCAAGACAGUCGCUUAUUUCAUGGGUAUAUCUGUUAGCAUCUCCACCUUCAGUCUGGUGGCUAUUGCCAUUGAAAGAUACAGUGCCAUUUGCAACCCGCUGAAGUCCAGGGCAUGGCAGACACGUUCUCAUGCCUACAAGGUCAUCGCUGCCACAUGGGUACUAUCUGUGGGGAUCAUGGUGCCCUAUCCUGUAUUUAGUAUACUCGUGCCUUUCAACAAGCCCAACAACAUCACGGCUCACAUGUGCAGGCUUGACUGGCCCAUAAGCCAAGUGGAACAGACUUGGUACGUUUUGUUGCUCUUCAUUCUGUUCUUCAUCCCAGGUGUGGUGAUGAUAAUUGCCUACGGUCUCAUAUCCAGAGAACUUUACAGAGGGAUUCAGUUUGAACUGGAACAGAAGAAGGACUCUAGUGGCGUAAAGAAUGGGUUGAAUGGUGCAUUGUCUUCUGGCCAUGAUGAGAGCGAUGGUUGUUAUAUCCAGGUCCCAAAGAAGCCCCCUGCUAUGGAACUUUCUGCUCUGACCACCUCUGGCACUGUCAAGGCUGACCGUCCACGUAGCAACACCUCAGAGGCAAAGCUCAUUGCCAAAAAACGAGUGAUUCGAAUGCUGAUCAUUAUAGUUGCCAUGUUCUUCAUAUGCUGGAUGCCUCUGUACUCUGCCAACACCUGGAAGGCCUUCGACCAAAAAUCAGCCCAGCGCGCACUUUCCGGAGCUCCCAUCUCCUUCAUUCAGCUGCUGUCCUAUACCUCAGCCUGCGUCAAUCCCAUCAUCUACUGCUUCAUGAACACCCGCUUCCGCAAGGCUCUCUUGGUCACCUUUGGGUGUUGCAGGCGGCCGUGCCACAACCGGAGGAAGAGGAGGGAAGGUGAUGAUGAGAUCACUGGAGUCACAGGGGCGUCCAUAUCAAAGUUCAAUUAUACCACCGUUAGCACGUUAUCCUACAUGAAGAUGUAUCAGGUGGGCAAGGCAAUUCAGUCAUCAACGGAAUCAACGGUCUCUUGGAAAUCGUCACCCCAGUUGAAGUGAUGCCAUGGUCAAUACUGCCAAGCUGCAUGACAGGUUGGAAUUUGUAACACCUUGGCACUGGAGAUAGUAAUAUAAAAGGAAAAUAAUAAACUGUAGAGGAAAGUUUGAUGUGAUUGCCUUGGAGGCACUAAUGUUCUAAUAGACAUUCUCACUACAACACACACACACAAAAAGCAUUCAGUCUAUCUCAAAUUGCAAUUGCUCUAAUUGAUUUCUUCCUUAUUGCUGAAGCUGAUGAGACACCUGGGAUAUUCAGCUUCUCGUCUGGCCCCAACGAACCCUCUCUGAAUAUAUGAAAGAAACGCUAAGCUCUUGUUUGUGCUGAAAUUAAUUUAUUCAACGGUUCAUGCUAAACAUGAAAGCUGGAUCUGCAAGGCGAAACCAAGCGUUUUAAAAUUCAUCCUCAAAAGGAUGGAACGCAUAUGAAAUGUUUGUGUGCUUAUACUUGGUUCAUCUUGUUAUCCACUGGAUUUUUGAAAUGCCUGAAUGGACAUAUUUUAUACAAGUAUUGGCUGCAGGGCUAUUAUAGUUAACUACAAACUAUAACAGAAAUGAAAAGUAAACCACUAUUUUUGUUAGUUUAAAUAAAUUGAAUGUUAAAGGGAUAGUUCAAUCAAAAAUGAAAAUCCUGUCAUUAAUUAAUCACUCUCAUGUUGUUUCAAAUCUGUAAGACCUUCGUUCAUCUUCGGAACACAAAAUAAGUUAUUUUUGAUGAAAUCCAUGAGCUUUCUGACCCUGAAAGCAACGCAACUGACAAGUUGGCCUUACUAUAGAAAGGUAGUAAGGGCAUCGUUAAAAUAGUCCAUGUGACAUCAGUGGUUCAACUGUAAUGUUAUGAAGCUAUGAGAAAACUUUUUAUGAGCAAACAAAACAAAAAUAACAACUUUAUUAAAUUUCUUUUCAUCUGUGUCAGUCUCUGCCAUGUAUUCAGGAAAGUACCACGACUCAUUUUUUCUGACACAGGAGUCGGCGUUCUGACGUAGAACCUGGAUGUGCUGCUCCUUGUUUACAAGCAAAGGAAGGCGCACACUGUACAUAAAACAGUCUUUGUAAACAUGUCUGAAGAUUUCGACAGAGAGGAUGACAAUUUUUUGCCUGUUCUAUGUUAGAAUGCUGGCUCCUGCAUCUACAGGACCACACGCAUGCAUCAAGUCAUUAUUUUUGUUUUCUUUGCGCACAACAAGUAUUCUCGUAGCUUCAUUAAAUUUCAUCUGAACCACUGAUGUCACAUGGACUAUUUUAACAAUGCCCUUACUAUCUUUCUGGGUCUUGCACGUGUUAGUUGCGUUGCUGUCUAUGCAGGGUUAGAAAACUUGGAUUUUCUCAAAAAAAAAGCAAAAAAAAAAGCAAUUUGUGUUCUGAAGAUGAACGAAGGGCUUACGGGUUUGGAUUGAUAUGAGGGUGAGUAAUUAAUGACAGAAUUUUCAUUUUUGGGUCCCUGUUUAAAAAAAAAACACCAUAUGCUGGUUACGUAUGUUUUGAAUCAUGGCUGCUGGUUUGAGCUGGUUUAAGCUGGUCCUUAGCUGGUCAUGUGCUGGUCCUAAGCAACUAGCUUCUGCUCAGGACCAGCAUAUGACCAGCACAUGAUCAGCUAAGGACAAAGUCCCUUUAAGACAAGUCAUUUCACUCAGCGGCCAUCUUUGAUAUGCCUCUCGUGCACGCAAGUGCACCUCCUAUCUCUUUGAAUGGGGAAACAUCAAAUUCUCCAAAACUGUUCACCAAGUUUGCGAUUAACUUUCAUAUUUGGAAUCAACGAUGAAAUCUGACAACAACUACUUCAUAAAUGUUGCCUUAAAAAAAGGCUUAUAGAACAGCCAGUGUGCACGUGCAGUCCUGAGUGCACGUCUGAGAAGACUGACUGUUUCUAUAGCAACCCGGGACUUCCAAUGGCAGCUGCAGUGACGUGCUGAUUUUACAGAUUAGUGAUUGGCUCGUUUAUUCCGAAGGCGGGGCUUUGUGGCCAUAAUAGGCGUUACAUUUUUCAGAGUCUUGGGGUAUUCUAUAGUCUUUGCUAAGCUCAAACCAAUGUUGUUUUUUCAACAGGGGUAAACUAUCCCUUUAACUAUAAUAAAAUUAAAUUUUAAAUGCAAAGGCAACAUUUCUAAAUUUAAUUUAGUUUAAUGUACUAAAGUAACUAAAAGUGAAAUAAAAUUAAUAAUUUAAAAAAUGAAAAUUAAUACAAAACUAAACCUCAAAAUGACAAAAACACACCACAAAAUUGCUAAAACUUUAAAAUGAAAAUUAAAUGAAAAUGAAUGAAAAUGAAAAUAUAAAAGUAAAAAUUCAACAUUUUGCUACAAUUAUAAUAGGCAGUUAAUGACAGCUGUGAAAAAUUUAUUAUGCUACUUAAUUAAUGUUGAAAAAAAAAGAUCAUAAUUCAAAUCGUACUUAUGUGUACUUAUGUGUUAGCUGUAAAUUAUGUAUUUAUGAUUAAUGAUAAAAAUGUAUCAGGUAGAAACCGCACAUUAGAAAGUGAUUGGUUAUGCCAAGUGUAAUUUAUUUUUGAGUAACAACAAAUAAAAUAAAAAUAUGACAGCCUGUAUAGGUCCAAAGAAAUAAAAGAAGAAAAAAAAGAAAUAAAGUGUUUACUGUCACCAAACACUUCUUUUAUUAGAAUUAUCUGAAUUCAUCAGCAUUAGAAUGCACAUCAGAAUCAAUUUACUUAUAUGUGUAACUUUUGUGCCUACAUAAAUACGCAAAUUGUAGAAAAGUAUUAGUGGAAAAAAAGACAUCUUUCUCUCUCUGUUUCACCUUUUUUCCCACCACCUCCAUAAAUUGGGGGUCAGCACCAGAAUUCAUAGCUUCAUAAUUUGUUUAUGUACCCCCCGGGAAUACAGUGUGCUGUAUUCAGUGCUCACACAUUCCCGCCCUUCUUACCUCUUUUAUUUCUGUCUGCUUCUCUCUCUUGAUUAUCACUCCCCUCUUGCAAUUUUUCAUUUCAUCGAUCAGUUUUCCCUCUCUCCAUUUCCUUUGAAGGACCACCUGGGUAUGUGGCAGACCUAUAUCAAGCCCAAGUCUUGGGGAUAAACAGAAUGUGCUAUUUCUCACUCAGACACACAACCUGUCUGCUAAGUAGCUGCUGUUAUUUCUCUUGUUGUCAGUGACAUCUGCUAAAACGGACACAGAAAGUUGAGCUUAUUCUUUUUGCAGGUUUGUUUUGUUUGGGUGGAUGAUAGAUAACAUAAGUCUGACCAUUAAUUUCAAAUCGCUGCACCAGAGGAUAUGGAACCAGUUUCCAAGACAACCAUUCAUACAUUCAAAGGGGGUUUGAUUCGGACUGAAUGCAACAAAGUAACAAAUAGAAAGUGAUUGAAAUGAAAGCUACCUGAAUAAAUAAAUAACAGAAAAGCAAAGAAUUACAUGAAAAUAGCUUUAGAUAAUCAGGCAAAUAACAAAGAACUACAUUCAGAAAUUCAUCUAUUGUCAAGCGGGACGCAGAGUGCAAUGUAAUUAAAGUGCCACUUUUGAGGUUUGGCUGGUAGGUUGAAUAAGAUGUGUUGCACCUUCUGACCUUGUUCAGAUAAAGAUUGCUCAUAUUUCUGAACAUGCUUUUGCUUACUUCUGUGGCAGAUGUAAACGAGCACUAACAGACUAAUAAUUAUGCAGUGUGUCAAAGUUUGUCUGCUCUAGAUUGUUCUCUAUGAGGAAUUAUCCUUGGGUAGUUCCCUUCUGAAAUAUAGAUACAGGAAUGUGUUGUGUAUUUCUUGGGAGUGCUUUGUGAUCUGUAUGAUUUAACCAAAACAUUGUAAGAUACUGAAUUAAAUAUAUGUACUGUCCUUUGGGUUUAUUUUUGAGCAUCUUUGUAAAUAAAACAGUUCACUUC